AUGGUAAAAGAUAAAUUGUCAAUGCCUAAUGCGUUCUCCAUUGGUUACUGCAAAGAGAAAGGAGAAGUAAUAAAGCUUCCAUUUAUUAAAAUUUCAGAUAAAAACAAAGGACAAUAUGCAACAGAAGAGACAGUACUAGAAGAAGGAGUUAAUAAGAAUAAAGUAACUUGUAAAAGGUGUGGAACAGUAUACUUUCCAACCAAAAACCAACAGAUACAAAAUCAUAUCAAUAAUAAGUCAUGCGGAUUAUUAUCUGCAUUAUUAUCUAAUGAAUCUAAAAGUCUGCAAGCUAUAUUCGAUUCUCUAAAUAUACAAUACAAAGCACCUUCUUACUAUAGAAUCAAAAACGAUAUCCUCCCUCGAAUUCUCACAAUUAAAAAGGAGGCUGUAAAGAGAUUAUUGGACAGAGCAGACUGGAUUGGAUUAACUCAAGAUGGAUGGACAAGUGAUCAAGAUGUCAAAUAUAUAUGUGUAACAGGGCACCUUAUUACCACUGACACUUUCGAGUUCAAAACCUUUCUAAUGGGAUUCAAUGCAAUCAACGGAGCAGAGACAUCUAGUGCUGUAUCUGAUCAAUUGCUCAAGACUAUCUGUGAUGAAUGGAACCUCGACCUUCAAACAAUUGCUGGAGCUACAACUGACAAUGCACAUGCUGCCAUUAAAGCAAUUCUAUUAUCUGACAUCAAAUCAAAUAGAUGUAGUGCUCAUACCAUUCAAUUAAUAGUGAGUCACUGUAUCGAUAUGGGCAAACCAGAAUCAACAGAGUCUCUCCAUCUUAUCUCCACCACAAUAGCAAAAGAGUUAAAUGAUAAAAACAACAAUAAUAAUAAUGAUGGUGAUGAUGACACAGAUCCUGUGGAAAGUAAUAGUAAUAAUAAGAAAAAGAAACCCAACAACACCGUAGCACCUUCUAAACCAUCAGCCAAAGCACCUGCUAAACCAUCAGCCAAAGCACCUGCUAAACCAUCUGCUAAAGCACUUGCUAAAGUACAACAAUCUACAGCCUCUAAAGGAAAAAAAACUGAUAACACAAUCACUGUUUCAACAACCAAUCAGUUAAAUAAUGUUGAGGUUGUAUCAACUGCAACUUUGGAAACAAAAUUAACUAUUCAAGGACUAACACUUUCUAUGGUACUAAGAAAGAUUAGGAAAGCAGUCCAAAUUAUUAAAUUUAGCAAGCCAUUGGCAUCUAAAUUACACAAACUGGUACAAUUAAAUCAUUUAAAAAAUACUUGUUCUGAUGAUUUAAAAGAUGCAUUAAAAGAAAAUACAAAAAUCAAAUUUGCUUUUAGAUUGAAAUUCUACUCUCCAACAAGAUGGACUUCACUUUAUACAAUGGUAUCAAGAUUUAUGGAAUUGCAUCCAUCUAUUAAAGAGUUGGAACAUGUGGAUUUGUUUUUAACAGAGGAAGAAUGUUUGAUUGCAUACGACUAUUUAACUCUUUUAGGUGACUUUGAGAAAGCUACUAUGUUCUUGUCAAGUGCUAACAAUAUCACAAUUGACAGCCUGGUUCCAACUCUUAUCACUUUGGAAAUGGGUCUCAAGCCAGGUGGCCGUCAUUACGAUAAAAUCAACACCCCCCAAGGACACGAAUUGAGAAACAAUCUGGAGCAACAGUUAAAAAUCAGGGUAGAUCUAUUAUUCAAAGAUCGUGAAGCCAUAUUGACACCUUUGUUGUUUUCUCCAUAUCAUAAGGCCCUUCUCAAACACUUGAUUCCUCAACAUCCAGUCGAGGCGGCGCCAGCCGAAAAGAAGAAGAAGAACAACAAAAGAAAUGAUCCAAACGUCCAAACCACCAACGAAGAAACUCAAGAGCAAAAUGUUUCUUUUAUCCCCCUCAAUCUAGAGCUCAGUGAAAAUCUUCUUAAUACAUUCUUAAAUGAUAUUAAAGAAUCUAAAUCACUAAAGUCUAUGGACAAACUCAUCAUUGAGUUGAGGGAAAAAGAAACCAAGAUCCAGGCACAAAAGGCAAAAACAAAAAAGGUUGUUCAAUCAACAAUAGAUACAUCAAAACAAAUUCCAAAAGACAAAGUAGAACAGAUAAGACUGGAAAGACAAAGAGCAAAGAACAAUGCAGAGGAUGAGUCUUUUUCUUCUAUUGUGAAGGGUACUACCAUCGCUGCCAUCUCUACCACAUCUACUACAUCUACCUCUACCACCUCUACCACCUCUACCACCUCUACCAUCCCUACCACCUCUACUACCGAUCAGUUUGCAAACAUCACUGCCCAGUCUCCUCUCACCACCGAAUUGACAACUACAAUGAUUAAAUCCAUGAUCAUUUCAUUCUUGGCAAUGGAAUACCAACUGAAUGACAAAGAGCUUGCUAAAGGAUCUAGACCAGAUCCAACUAUAUAUUGGUCUCAAUGCAAUGUCAACCCAUUUCUUAAAUGCCUGGCUCGAAAAUAUCUCUGUGUACCUGCUACAUCAACCCCAUCUGAGGGUGUGUUCUCUAAAUCAAGUUACAUUUUCGAAGAAAGAAGACAGUCAAUGAGUGUUUCUACCUUUCAAGAUCUUGUUUUCCUAUAUUGCAACAAAUAUAUUCUAUUGGUUGCUAUCCUCUUCCUCUUUAUUUUAUAA